AUGGAUUUCUCAGAGGAGAACAGCCAGAACUCGGCUCCUGGUAGCAUCCAAGCAGCCAAGCUCGGUGGUGCUCGCAAGGGGCCCGACUCGCAAAGCGUGAGCAAGCGUCUUCAAACCGAGCUGAUGCAACUUAUGACUUCGCCUGCUCCCGGCGUCUCUGCUUUCCCUGGCGCGGACGGCAAUCUGAUGGCAUGGGCGGCCACCAUUGAAGGCCCCGAGGAUACACCUUACGCUGGCUUGACUUUCAAGUUGUCGUUCGCCUUCCCCAGCAACUACCCGUACGCACCGCCGACAGUUCUGUUCAAGACCCCCAUUUACCACCCCAAUGUCGACUUCUCGGGCCGUAUUUGCCUCGACAUCCUCAAGGACAAGUGGACCGCGGCAUACAAUAUCCAGACUGUACUUCUAAGCUUGCAAAGUUUACUGGGAGAGCCAAACAAUGCAUCGCCACUCAACGGAGAAGCCGCUGAGUUAUGGGACAAGGAUGCUGAGGAGUUCAAGCGGAAAGUCCUCGGCCGUCACCGAGAUGUAGAUGACGACUAA